UUCUAAGUUCACUUUAUUUUUACUGAAUUACUCUUUCUUUCCUUCCAAAUUUAUUGUGAGAAAACGUUACUAAUACAACUUGUGCCUCUAGGUUUAUAGGGUACUUCUUGUUUUUUGUUUGGUGUUUUGAUGAUUUCUUACAAUCAAAAGCUGCUUACUUUGUGUCUGUGAUUUGGUUGUUAUAUUUGAUUUGUAAACUUUGUUGGUAUAAUUUUUUGGGUUAGUUCGAUAAGGUAUUGUGGGGUGUCUUUGGGUUAUUGUUUUUUGUUGUGUAAAGUUUUGGUGAAGAUGGUUUAUUCAUGGGGCGUAGAACAGUAAAUAUCGGAGCUCCAAUUUAUAAUAAAGGCGUGAACAGGAUGCCCAGCUACGGUCCUCCAGUUCCAACUUCUAAUCAAAUGGGCAAAGAAGCAAAUACAGUUCAAUCUGAAAUUCCAGACUGUGGAACGCUUGAGCAAUCACUCGGACUAUGCAUAGAGGAUGCUGUUAACCUUAGCAGAAGUAAUGUACUUUAUCAAAUUAAGUCAAGUAGUCAGGCAGUAGACACUGAUGACCAGUUUGGCUCUGUGAAUAAGUUACUAUCACUACCAAAAGAACUGCAGUCAAAUUUGGUUUCUGUACGUAGUGGUCAUCCAAAGAAUUGGGGAGAGUCCAAUAUGGCAGAAGCCAGUCCUAGAACGGAUACCUCAACUGAUGAUACAGAAGAUAAAAAUCAACAGUUUGAAAGGGGUCAAUUGAUGGCGGUUGCAGCCUCUGAUUCGAGUGACAAGUCAAAAGAAAAAUUAGGAGAUCAGAAGACAUUACGUAGGCUUGCUCAAAAUCGUGAGGCUGCAAGAAAAAGUCGGUUAAGAAAAAAGGCAUAUGUACAACAACUAGAGAGUAGUCGACUAAAGCUGACUCAACUUGAGCAAGAGCUGCAACGAGCACGCCAACAGGGUAUAUUUAUUUCAAGUUCAGGAGAUCAAUCUCAUUCAAUGAGUGGAAAUGGUGCCAUGGCGUUUGAUGUUGAAUAUGUACGGUGGCUGGAAGAGCACAACAGGCAGAUCAAUGAGUUGAGAGCUGCAGUCAAUUCUCAUGCUGGUGAUGCUGAACUCUGCACUAUUGUUGACAAUGUUACAGCACAUUUUGAUGACAUUUACAGACUCAAGGGCAUUGCUGCGAAAGCUGAUGUCUUCCACAUCUUGUCUGGAAUGUGGAAGACACCAGCAGAAAGGUGUUUUAUGUGGAUUGGUGGGUUCCGAUCAUCUGAGCUCCUUAAGCUUCUUGUGAACCAAUUGGAGCCUCUAACUGAGCAGCAGUUGGUGGCCAUGUAUAGCUUGCAGCAAUCAUCCCAACAGGCUGAAGAUGCCCUUUCACAGGGGAUGGAUGCAUUGCAGCAUUCUCUGGCAGAGACUCUCGCCAAUGGCUCUCCCAGCCCAUCAGGAUCAUCUGGAAAUGUGGCAAACUACAUGGGUCAGAUGGCCAUGGCAAUGGGAAAGCUAGGAACUCUUGAAGGGUUCUUACGUCAGGCAGAUAGUCUACGUCAGCAAACAUUACAACAAAUGCAUCAUAUAUUAACGACUCGGCAAUCAGCUCGUGCCCUGCUUGCAAUAAAUGACUAUUUCUCUAGGCUUAGGGCUCUCAGUUCCCUCUGGCUGGCACGUCCACGGGAGUGAACAGAGUAGGUUACAUUGGGGUUAGCUAAGAGCUUAUGGGUUUAGGUGCUGUGAUAUGAAUAGAAUAUAUUUAGUGUUGAAGGCCAUUGGGAGCUAUAUAUAUAUAUAUAUAUAUUUAUAUACACACUGUAUUUUUUAUAGGUUCCAUGUCCAUGUCCAUGUCCAUGUCCAUGUGUAGUUAUAACAUGAAAAAUGUUGUUUUAGGUGUUGUAUUGUAAAACAAAUAAUCUGAGAAAUGUUUAUUGUUAGAAUCAGAAUGAAAUAUGUAACAUAGGUUCAACUGUACCAGAUAUCAUCACAUUUAAUCAGGGUGGAAUUGGCAUAGGUAUCUUUUUUUGUCUGUC